AUGUUAAAGCAUAUUAUAUAUUUAGGUAAAAUUUAUCAAGAAAUGUCUGUGUUUAUAAUUGAUUUAAAAUGCCAUCAACUUUACAUUUUGACCAAUUUUAAAAUAGAUACCGAAAAAUAUAUUUCAGAAACCUGGGUCACCAACAAUAAUUUAUCAUAUUCAACUAUUAACAAACUAAUUAAUGAGUAUGAUUUAGUAAUUGGCAAAUCACUUUUACAACCUGGUUUAAAUCCAGAAAUUAUAGCAUUUCAAACUAUGAAAACAAUAUUAUUUCCAAAUAAUAAAACAAAAAAGUUAAAAUAUUAUAUGAAUAAUUUAACAAAGGCUAUUAAACAUUUAAUAGAUGAAUAUUUAAAUAAAGAAGAAUAA